AUGAAUCAUUCUGCAUCACAUACAUCAUUGAAUGAAUUAUGCGCUGAACUACAAUUAAAUUGGCAUGUGCAUAGUACUCGUGUAACAUCGAAUUUAAAUGAUGUUGCUAUGAUAUUAAAUGCAAUUACAAGAUCAUUAGCUGAGAGAACAUUUAA